AUGGCCCCCAUGUUUGCUAACACGUACCUGUAUAUCUAUGAGAAGAACAAUAUCCUGAUCCCAUAUGCUCAUUUGAUACAGGGUUAUUAUCGUUUCAUUGACGACUUGUUAAUCAUUUGGACUAUGGUUGAAGAAUUGAAUCAGUUGCCAACGCCGAUUAGACUAACGGCAAACAUCAGCUCCGAUAAAGUCCAAUAA